ACUAGAGCAGUUGAUACUCGUCCACGAUGCAUCCUCCUGCUAAUGACACCAGCGGCUCGGAUCUGGAGCCGCGCCAGAUCGAGGUCCUCAUCACCAUCGAGCGAACUGGCGCGGGCCUCUCGAUGGUGGCCAUCAUCUUCACUCUUCUGACCUUUGCCCUCUUUAAGAAGCUUCGGACUACUCCUAAUAUCUUCAUUGUUCUGGCGUCCAUCGCCAACGCCGGCGCAAGCAUCGCGUCCAUGAUCGGCUACGAUGGCCUCGAUCAGGGCGAACGGUCUACUCUCUGCCAGGGACAAGGCUUCAUCUUCGAGUGGUUCAUGCAAUCCGACCCCUGGUGGUCAUUUGCCAUGGCAUUCAAUGUCUACCUUGUCUUCUUCCACAACGCCAACCCUGUCAGUUUCCGAAAGCGCAUCUGGGUAUACUGCCUCAUCUGUUUCGGUGGCCCUCUGGUGCCUGCCAUCGCCCUAGUCUCGAUCCGAGAUGAUGCAAAGGGUCCCGUCUUUGGUAACGCCUCGCUUUGGUGCUGGGUCGACUCGAACUGGAGCCUGGUUCGCCUCUAUGCGUACUACAUCCCCAUCUGGAUCUGCAUUUUUGGAUCCAUCAUCAUCUAUGUCGCCGUAGGAUAUCGGGUGUUCCACCAGAGAAACCGUCUUCGCAACUUUGCCAUUGCCAUCCCGCCCAGAAACAAACGGGCCAACUCUGGCGCAGCCAGUGAUGCCGGUGAUUCUGCCGUCGAGAGCCUCACGAGGAGACAUGAUUAUUAUGGCACUGCGACCACUGAAGUCCAAGUCACUUCUGGCACUCCCGAGAACGAUGAUGACCUGGCUCUCCCCAUGGCACCCCCUGCUAUCUAUUCUCACAGCCCCUAUUUGCACAAUCCUGCCGCCGGCGCCUAUGGCCAAACGUGGACGACAACCCAGGCAGGACCUUAUUAUGCUGCGGAUCCGGAGAGACUGCCUCGGCGCCCUCAUGCAACCGCUUCUGCUCAGCGAUUCAACAUGGUAUCUGCCGUCGUUUCGUGGCUGAAGAAUGUCAAGUCGAGUGCUUCCUCGAAGCUGAAGCGACUGGAUCCCGUCAAGAUGGCCUAUCUCCGUACAAGCUUCAUCUUCGGAUUCGCCAUCUUGAUCACCUGGAUUCCAAGCUCCGUUAAUCGCCUUUACAGCCUCACUUCUCAAGGCCGCGUCAAUUUCCAGCUCAGCGUUGCCAGCGGCUGCGUGUUGCCGUUGCAGGGAGUUUGGAACGCCCUCAUCUACUUCACCACGAGCUAGAGCACCGUCCGUGAAGAGGUGA